AUGGCGACCUUGCCUUCUAUGUCUUGGCAAACGCACCGUGGCCAUGCAAAAUCUGUUGACGUUGGAUGGGCUCGACAGGAGAUCCUGCAGGCCCUGCCCUCAUGGAACCCAUCUCUGCGGAGCCCGGUCGCGGCCACAUUUACGGUCGCCAUGGCUGCAAGGAAGCGAUCGCGGCGCUGCUUUCGUCUCAGGGAGAGCUCAGCCAUCCGGGCGACGCGCUCGGCCUGUCAAGUGCUGCUGGUCCUGAUGUUGAUGCCAUCCUGCGCCUUCGCGUUUGACGGCGCAAGCUUAGCCAGCGCUGCGGUGGAAGUGAUGCGCGACGGGCCUUUGGGUCCAGCACCUUUCAUGCUGGUGCACUUGGCUGCUAUCGUCGUUUGCUUCCCUGGCACUGCAGCUUUUGAGCUGGCUGCAGGAGCCGUGUUUGGCUUUUUGCCUGGCGUCCUUGCUGUAGCCAUCACCAAGGGUGCAGCUGCAGCAGUGACCUUCUUCCUCGCGCGGCGCUUUGGUGUUGAUGCCGCGGGCACCCUGCAGAGGGCUCUGCGGGCUGGACCAGCCAACCUCGACUCAUGGAGCGCGCGUUUGCGACGUGGCGUUCAGGGCAAUGCGUUCCGGUUUUGCCUGCUAGCAAGGCUUUCACCAAUCCCUUCGUGGGUGAACAACUAUGCGCUGCCGUUGGCGGAUGUGCCCUUUGAAACGUUCCUGCCUGCGACGUUGCUGGGGAUGCUGCCGCCACUUACGGCCAAUGUGUACUCCGGUGCCUGUGCUUUGUCCUUGGCCUCUGCACUAACUGGUGGCGGUACUGUGGAUGGCGGCAGCUUGGUCCUGGGUGCGCUCAGCGCUUUGAGUGGUGCUGCCAUCCUGCAACAAAUGGCAUCCUUUGCGCUGGACGAUGACACUGCAGCCAAUGAUGCUGGCGGUGACUUUCCGCGAUAG